AUGUGGUACAUCGGAGGUAGCCGGCAGCAAUGGAACAGCUGCAUUGCAUGUGUCACAGGCCCACAGCGCGAGCAGCGUGUGAAGUUCGAGGUUCCGCCCAGGUCGGGCUCCGUCAAUUCAGCCAAGCGGGAGCUGGCUGCCCCGGUGCGGAGCAGGAGCGCUAAUUCCCUGCACGCACGGGAUGUGUCCUUCGGGCCGAUUCCAUCUAGCUCUCGGUCUGUGUCGCGGACAGCGCGAGCACAAGCGGCUGUCGAGAAGGAUCCAAAGCACAGGUCCCGGUCAACAACACCAUCCAACACGAGGGACAGAACGCCUUCGACAGCAGCUUCCUCCGCAAAGACGAAGUCUCCUUCUCAUGGGCGCGACGCCACCCCGCUGGCGUACAGAGAACACAGGGAUUUUGUCCAACCGGUCCUUGGUGCUGCUCACUGCACAUGGCGCUUUCUGGAUCGUGGCGACCGUGGAAGCUCGAAGCCAGUUGAGCCAGUUCCAGAGACCUCCAGUUUCUCUCGUGCGAAGCGGUUUGAAGACCAUGACACGCAGGAGCCAGCUCUUGUCAAGGUCACAUCGUGCACUGUGAAGCGAGCAUGGGUGUUGCUCGAGAUGAUGUUUGAUUUGGAUGAAACUCAGCGGUUUGGUGUGAGCUUCGCGAAGGAGCUGUGGGAGCGGCUGGACGACCAGCGUCUCGACGACAUCAGAGAGGCCGACACACCAGAGACUCGUCUGCAGAACAUUUGUCAAUCUUCGCACCACAUUGACGUCAACUUCGAUGGAAGACGAGUCAGAAAAGGAGAUGGCCAAGCUGGUCUGUGGGAGCCAGGAACUUCUCAGAUCCUGGGAACUCAAGGAGCAGGCGGGCACAGAGUAGCCACAGAUCUGCAUGGGACCAUGGAGAGUUCUGGCACCGGAUAUUCUUCAAUGUCUGAGUUCAAUCAUGGAGUCAGGAGUAUCCUGGCAUGGAGAAAAUCUUCGACGGUUGCGCAGGCGGGCUCGUGUAAGCGCGGCUCAGCAAUGCUCGAUUUGCCGGGCUCUGACUCUGUGGGAGCUUGGCGGCUUCGUUGCGGCUGGGCGGCUUGCGAUUCAGGUUUCUCCGAUCAGGCCGCCGACGUGGAUGGGCCCAAGGCUGCAGGAACUCGGCACUUUCACGGCGCGCCGCAUGCUCUUUGGCUGCAAGAAGGAAGCCUCGGCCACGAGGGCGCAGAUUUUGUUUCCGAUGCUUCUCUUUGUGACACCGGCAAGGACGUGGCCACCAAGACAGUUCGAUGUACAGCUGAGCAGAGGGUGCGAAAUUGGCUCACCGUGCGCUUAAAGGACGAGGAUGCCAAAGGGGGCGGCGCUCGCAGCAAGCGGCACUCUGGCCAGACCGAAGUGUUUCCUCCAAAAGCGCAGGGAGCUUUGAUGAUGUCCGAUUGUGACUUUGCCCAGGAAUUUCUUUGGCGCGCCGCAUGUCAUGGACUGCAGCGGUGA